UAGGUACCGGGGCUCCGGCCGCGGCCCACCAUGUGGAGCUUCUCGCAGCUUCCCAGAUCUGGGCUGCAUGGCGCAGUGCAGCCUUCAACGGGGCUGUCAGGCCAGCCGAAGAAGGCAUUUUCCAUGCCAUCACUGCUGACAACUGGCAUUGCCAGUUUUGGAGUCGGCAUGUGCAUCCAUGAUCUGUGGAGCAGACGACGGCACCGAAACAGCAACAGGCCCUGCUCCUUGAACAAGCCAGCGAGAUUGAAGAUGCGGGCGCAGGAUGUGGUUGGCCGAGCUGGAUUCCUGCGGGGUCUGCAGUGGCCGCUCGGGUUGCUGGGUCGACGAAAGUCUGGUGGCACAGCCACACUAGAGAAGGGCGAGACAGACAGCGAGGCUCCCCUGGAGGAGGAGUUGGCCCGACUCACCAAUCCCAAGCAGAACGUGGCCAUCAUCGGAACCCGCGACUGCACCUACAAUCACCAGCAGGAGAUAGAGGCUCUCACUCAGGGCCACGUGGAGAGAGGGCAUCGCAUUUACACCUCGGGGUCCAGCGGCACCAACUCUGCUGUCAUUCAGGCGGUCCUCAACCACAAAAGGCCAGAGCUACUGACAGUUGAACUUCCACAAAGCUUGGAGAAGCAAGAUGAAGAGAUUCAGGUCCUUCUCAAAAGAUGCAGACAGGAAGGUGUUACCGUCUGUCCCCACAAGGAGAACGAUCACCUGCAGCUAGCAGAAGCUGCAGCCAAGUGCAACUCCUUGAUUCUGGGAAAGGUGGACAGGCUGGUGGUUUUUGCUACAAAUCGUUCAGACAAGUACUUGAGCUUGGUGAAAGAGGCCAAGCAAAACAAUGUCAUGGUGGCUGCGUUUAAUGUGGACAUUUGACUCCUCCGCUCCGACGUCGCUGCAGUCGCACACUAUUCGCAGGAUGUUGGCAUCCAACGACUCUAUUGUACAGUUCUGGGGAUCUUCCUGUGAUGCCACAGCCUGGAUAAGCUGCGUUAGCCGUUGGCCGUUAGCGUAUUUUCCUUUUUUCAACAAUCCAAUCGCUAUUGGACUUCGUUGGUGGUUUGAGUGGUGUA